UAGAACUUUUCUUAUCCCGCUGUUCAUAAUUAAAGGGAAAAAAACAAGCUUCCUUUACUUACUUUGAUAUUUCUUUUUAAAUAUAAAUUUUAGUGUCCUUCUUAUGGCAAUGGAGUGAAUGAAAGGGUAGUAAUCAUGAUGUAGAUCUGGAUUUCCACAGCACCUUGAGGUGUUAUGAAUACAUACAGCAUAACUCCUUUCUGGAAUCAUGGCCUAGCAGUGUCGUCUCUGGAACCAUAAGAAAAAAGCUUCAUCUUGUCUUGUAAAAGCUGCAGUUCUGCUAAAGUGUUUCAGUAAACAGGAAAUCAUGGACAGACUGGAUGUACUAGGGGAAAAUGAGGCUUUGCAACAGUUCUUUGAAGGUCAGGAUGUGCACAGAGCUUUGGACAACCCAAUGGUGGACACAAGCAUGUUGGAACAAUAUAUCAGCAGUGAUUUUGCUUUUGGACCCCUGUUACCCGAUUCGCCACCUGAUUCUGGAUCAGAACCAUGUUCACCGCCACAAAUCAAUGGUUUGAUGCAUUCAUCUUGCUGGUCCAAUGGAUUUCAGCACACAUCUUCCACACCUUCAGGAUCCUGCAGAUAUAUUGAAAGGUCCAUAGACACCAGCCCUGGGAGCCACUCUCUUGGUCCUUCUCCAGACACCUGCAUGAAAGUGAAUAACCUUGAGACACAUUGGAAUGGCUCUGCUCUGCCAAAUUGUACAGGCUACAACUAUCCCUUUACUCAACAGCCCCUGUCCCAAACUAUCAGUGGUGAGGUGUCACCAAAUAAAAAAAGGAAACAUUCUCAUCUGGAUGAAAAAGACAAGUGGUCACCGUGGAGCAUGGACACUCAACAAUCACUUUCAUCCAGUUGCAUCAUUGAUGUGCAUGGUUAUGAAAGUGAUGGGCAGACAGUCUCCUCAACAGACAAAUGUUAUCAGUCGCUGACAUGGAAGCCAUUCCAAACAGGAAACUGGUGCAACUUGUCCAACGUUACUACAGAAAAGCUUCCUGCAGUGGGAUACCAAGUAAUCACAGACAAAGGAUUUAAUUUUUCAACAGUAGAUGAUGCAUAUGUUUGCCAGAAGAAGAACCAUUUCCAGGUCACAGUCCACAUGAGAGUUCUCGGGAGCCCUAAAUAUGUCAAGACACAGCUGGGUCUCAGCGCAAUUGAAAGCUUUAAGCUGAAAGUCUUUGGUGUUAAAGUAGAAGCUACAAACCAGAAAAUCACCAUUGAACAGUCCCAAUCGGAUCGCAGCAAACGGCCCUUCAAUCCUGUUUCGAUAAAUUUACCAUCAGACCAGAUCACCAAAGUAACAUUAGGAAGGUUACAUUUCAGUGAAACCACUGCUAAUAACAUGCGGAAAAAGGGAAAACCGAACCCUGACCAACGGUACUUCAUGCUGGUAGUUGCUCUGUACGCUGUUUGUCGAGAGGAGUCACAUUUAGUAGUUGCCCAUGUCUCAGAAAGAAUCAUUGUAAGGGCGUCCAACCCUGGGCAAUUUGAGAAUGAUAAUGAUGUCCUGUGGCAGCGCGGGCAUGUCCCAGAGACAGUCGUCUCUCAUGGGCGAGUUGGAAUUAACACUGACACACCAGACGAAGCACUGGUUGUAUGUGGCAAUAUGAAAGUGAUGGGGACGGUCAUGCAUCCUUCUGACAGUCGAGCAAAGAGGAAUAUCCAGGAGGCUGACACUCUGGAGCAGCUGAGAAGAAUCGCCCAGAUGAGGCUAGUUGAGUAUGACUACAAGCCUGGAUUUGCAAAAGCUAUGGGAAUAGAUUCCACCCAUGAAACAGGUGUUAUUGCACAGGAGGUGAAGAAGGUUUUGCCACAAGCCGUUAAAGAAGCUGGCAAUGUUACAUGUGAAGAUGGAGAGACAAUUGAAAAUUUCUUGAUGGUUGAUAAGGAUCAAAUUUUUAUGGAGAAUGUAGGCGCAGUAAAGCAGCUCUGCAAGCUUACCAAUAACCUUGAGAUGAGGAUUGAGGAGUUAGAGCUGUGGAAUCAGAAACUUGCCAAGCUCAAACGGAUAAGUAGCCUAAAGUCAGCUACCAGUGAAAAACCUCAGGCCAAGUCACCUUCAAGAUCUCCAUCACGGGGCCUUAGUAGAAUAAGUCACGUUCCACUUCAAAGGAAGCCAGUUCCAGUUAAAGUUAAAAAGGUCUCAAGUAAACAAGAACAAUGCUCAAAAAGGAUAUUCCAUACUUUAGUGAUUUCCCUCACCACUCUUAUGGCACUUUGUGCUUUGACCAUUUCUACGCUAUAUAUUCUCUAUGUACAAGAUGAAGCCAUUGAACGAGAACCAUCAACAUCAAAUAAUGUUACAGGUGUUGCCAGCACAUCGGUCACAUCUCUUCACACGACUAUUCAUGGGUUAAGUGAAAGUACAUUUACCUUAGCAAAAACAACCCAACCUGCAGGAGGCGGUGGAAGUGAAAUCAGUUUUUGUGAUAUUUUGCCAUGUGAGGAAGAACAUUGCUGUUCAAUUCAACAACCAACAUUAAGAAAUAUAUUUUAUGAAGAAACAAAGACUUUUAAAAAAAGGAGUCUCAAAAGAAACAUGAGCAAGACGAGAUGGCCAGAUAAACCUCCAUUUUCAAGCGAUUGGAUUGAUACAUCGAUCAGUUCUAUACAGAUUCUGGAGAAUCAGCAAAUAAUAGACCGUCACUAUUGCAGUAAAGGCUUGCAUUGUGGAAAUGGAAACUACAGCUAUGUGAUACCAGUCAGCAAGUACACACCAAUUAACAUGCGGAUUACUCUGGAAAUCAACACAACGGAACCGUUAAUUGUCUACCAAUGUAAAAUUACUCUUGGCAACAUCUGUAAUCGGGGCACACACACAAGGAAGAAAAGAGACGAUUCUUCAGAGUCAACUCAGGGCCUCCAGCAUCCCUGGAUUCUACCAGUAGCUCGCCUGUAUGAUAGUGCCUACCAUUUCCGUGUGGCUACUCCAGAUCUUGCAAAUUGUUCAACAGAUCCAAACUUUGCUGGAAUACUCUUCACAGACUAUUAUUUUUACUUUUACAGGAAGUGCAACUAGGUCUGAUCUAUUUAAUGAUGUCCUUUAUGUGUACUUAUCACAGAGAAAGACUAUAUCAGUCUGUAGGUCCAUGACAGCAGCAGCAGGGAACUUUUCAGAUGAUCCAUACAGAAAUACAGCUGGACUUGUCAGAUAUGAGACAUAUUAUUUACUUAUUAAUUCACCUGUGCUCAUGUAAGCGUCUUGGAAAGUUUAUAUACAGUACACCUUAAUGGUAGUUUUGUCUGGGGUCUACAAAAAGUUAAUAAUGUUAGUCAUUUUUGUUAAUGUUACAUUAGUUUUCCAGUUAACUGGCAGACAAAACAAAUGAACACUAAAAUGAGUGGAUGAUUGUAAAUAUUACAUUUGCAUGAUUCUCCUAAAUUGUGAUA